AUGAGAGCAUGUCUCAAGAAGUCUGACCUGGAACGGAUAGUCUCCAGGUUCGGGAGAGCAGCUGGACGCAAAGCUGUGGCGCCGAAUCUGUUUGACAGGGACUUCAGACCACCGAUUGACCUCAGUCUGUUCAAGGCGUACAACAAGAGUGCUGCGAUCAGUCAUGUGUUACUGAGAGACGAGAUGAUGAAGCAGAUUCCUGAAGAGAAUCGGUAUGGACGCGAGAGAGUUAAAGUGUACUUCGAAGGAGGGUACGAAGACGAGGCGGACGUGGUCGUCGGAGCCGAUGGCAACCAUUCGAAGAUCAACCGACAACUCGGCCUAAACAACAUCGCACCCCUCGCCACCCACCACCCCUUCAUCUCCAAAGCCGAUGUCUCCGUCAACGACCUACGAAACCUACCACCAAAAUUCCUAGAUGGCCCCAAUCUCGCCUUCAUCAACGACCUGAGCUUCUACUUUGCCACAUACCUCCCCGACAUGGACGCCUCCUCCGCCGAUCUUAAGACAGGCUCCUGUAUGUUUGGUAUCUAUGUGCCGGUGCAUCUCGUCCCAGGUGAACCGUCUACCCUCUCAGCAGCUGAGAAACUGGAUGUUCUGCGCCUCUGUAUACGAGACUGGGCUCCUCAGUACCAUCAGAUGCUCGAUAUGAUUUCUGACACAGACCCUUACGAUUAUACUGCACACGUCUCGCAACGGCCGCCCGUCGACUGGCGAGCCAAAGCUCGGAAGACAGAUCCGACGGACGCCGUGAAAGGACACCCACGGAUUUGGCUGAUGGGUGACGCAAUCCAUGCCAUGCUGCCGUACCGCGGCCAGGGGGGGAACCAGUCUAUGCUGGAUGCUGCGAAGAUGUUGCCCUACCUCCAAGAGCUUGCUCGCGGCUCUUCGGAUGCUCCAGUCAAGCAAGCACAAGAAUUCUACGAGGCUGAAAUGAUGGAACGGACAUUUGCCUGGGUCGAGAAGAGUGGAGGGAGGAACAUCAUGCCCUUCGAUUCGGCGAAGUGGUGGACAUGGUGGGGCUUUGCAGCGUUCAGGCCCGUCUGGAGUGUGUAUUGCGGUGUGUAUGAGUUGGGGCUGAGGAUGGGGCUGAUCGGGCGAGAGGGAUUUGUUGAUGAUGCGCCAGAGUUGAAGUACUAUGAUGCAGCGAGUGUACAGCUUGAGCAUCGAGAUUCCACAACGCUCGCCUAG